AUGCAUUUAAUGCCUGUAAUACUAUUUAAUUCCGAUCGGCCAAACAUUAUCAACAAAGAGAUCAUAGAACAACAACAACAGCUAUACAUGUAUUUACUUCAGAAAGAAUUAAAGUCUGAAUUCUGUUCACCGCUUCUUAAAGAGUGCUGUAAUUCGUGUAAAGCAUUCUUUCGUAGAAACGCCUUCAAGUAUGAGAUAUAUAAAUGUAGAUUUAGUGGCGAUUGUAUUAUCGGUAAAACAAACCGCAGACUAUGCAAGAAGUGUCGGCUCAAGAAGUGUUUCGAUGUAGGCAUGAAAAAAGAAUGGAUUCUUAAUGAGGAGGAGAGGGAAUCGCGAAGACAUACAAUUGAGACAAACAGAAAGUUGAGAAAAAAUGGUUUGAAAGACACAAAUAAUAAUAAUAAUGAUUUAAAUACAAACACUUCAUCUGAUGUGUCAAACAUCGGGACAAUUGACACUUCAGUUGACAAUUCAAUUGAUAAUUUAUUUGAUAAAACAAAUAACAAUACAAUGAAUGACAUCACAAUAGAUGAUGAGAUCACUGAAUGUAUUACACAAAUGGCAAACAUUGAUCCAAACGAGAUAAUAGAUGGAAUAGAUUUAUACGAAAUGUCUAUGAAAUCUACGAACAAUAAUGUAAUAAUUAUCACAGAUUUGGAUCAAAUUAAAAAUCUUUGUAUCAGUGAUGACACCAACUCUAACUCUAUGGCAAUCGACAUAUACAGCGCUAAUAAUACAAUGAAGAGAUUAAUUGACUUAAAUUGUUUUAAUAAUUAUGAGCGAAAUCGUCUAGAUGAAUUAUUUAGUCUAUCAUUAUUUGACAAAUCGUAC